UCCAAUCACCUAAACAAGCGAGCGAGACAGCAACCGCGACAAGAGUGCUGUGAAAAACUCUGCUGCCUUGUGGGAUUCCUUUCAGUUGUUGGUUGGAUGAAUAUUUAAAAAAAGAAUAAAACAUAUACACACGCUGUUUGAAAAACUGCUAAAGAAACAAAUACAUAAGUGUGUGUGGAUAAAUUGGAAAAAAUAUUUCCAGCUUUUAGUAUGAUGUCUUACCUCAAACAGCCCCCCUAUGGCAUGAAUGGGCUGGGGCUAGCAGGACCGGCAAUGGAUCUUCUACACCCUUCAGUGGGGUAUCCAGCCACCCCUCGGAAGCAGCGGCGAGAACGUACCACCUUCACCCGAUCGCAGCUGGACGUGUUGGAAGCGCUUUUUGCCAAAACCCGCUACCCAGAUAUAUUCAUGCGAGAAGAGGUGGCCCUGAAAAUCAACCUCCCGGAAUCCAGAGUCCAGGUCUGGUUCAAGAACCGCCGCGCCAAGUGCCGGCAGCAGCAACAGAGCGGAAGCGGCGCCAAGAGCCGGCCGGCCAAGAAGAAGUCUUCUCCAGCGCGGGAGAGCUCCGGCUCCGAAAGCAGCGGCCAGUUCACGCCUCCCGCCGUCUCUAGUUCGGCCUCGUCUUCUUCGUCCAGCUCCAACUCUUCGGGCCCGGCGCCGGGCGGAGCGGCCUUGAGCAACUCGGCGGGCGCAGCGUCAGGAUCGGCCUCGUCGGCUGCCUCGCUGAGUAGCGCGCCGUCGGCCGUGGCGGCCUCGUCCAUCUGGAGCCCCGCGUCCAUCUCGCCCAGCGCGGGGCCGGAGCCCCUGGCGUCCAGCGGGGCCUCUUGUAUGCAGCGCUCCGUCUCCGGCGCUUCGUCCGCCUCUUACCCGAUGUCGUACGGGCAAGGCGGCGGCUACGGCCAAGGCUACCCGGCGCCGCCUCCGCCGCCGCCGCACUCCUCGUCCUACUUCAGCGGGGUGGACUGCGGGUCCUACCUGCCCAUGCACGCGCCCCCGCACGCUCACCAGCUCAGCCCGAUCGCGCCCUCGUCCCUAGCGGGCGCCCAUCCCCACACCCACCACCCGCUCGGCCAGAGCUCCAACCACCACCACCAUCAUCACCAUCACCACCACCACCAGCCUGGCUACGGCGGCCCCGGGCUGGCCUUCAACUCCUCCGACUGUCUGGACUACAAAGAGGCGGCCCCGACCGCCGCCUCCUCCUGGAAGCUUAACUUCAACUCCCCGGACUGCCUCGACUACAAAGACCAGGCCUCCUGGCGCUUCCAAGUCCUGUGA